AUGUUGUACGAGUUGAUCGGAAUAGUCCGACCCACCUCCCUCGCCGAGGUUCGCGAGAUCGUCCUAGCAGCAGGCCAACUCGUGCUGCAGCAAAAGGGCGUGAUCCGCGGUCUACAGAACUGGGGCGAGUUCUCGUUGCCUAAGGCCAUAAGCGUGCACCAGAUGCGGCACACGACGGGGUACUACUUCGCGAUGCGGUUCGACAGCAGCGUGGCUACGCAGGAGGAAGUUAGGCAGAUGCUGCGGCUCGACCCGCGCAUGAUCCGGCACUCGAGCGUCAAGCUUGGCGACGGCAAACUGGCUACUAUGGCGCGGAUGGGCGGCAUCAAUUGGCAGAAGGCUGGGGUCGAGUAG